CGUUUGGCAAUCUCGCACUUUGACUUCGUUUUGGUGUUGACAUCUUCCGACUUGAACUUGCCCUUGCUCGUUGACGACGAACAUCUCUCAACAACGUGGUUUCAAGGAGAUGCUUCCUAAGAAAGAGAAUUUGGAAGAUCUCCAGAGUGACGACCCUGCUCCUCCGCAAUACGAUGGCAACUACAAUGAUGAUCUCUGCGUGGAGUGCCCUCCCCAUACCACAGAGCGGCGACUAGUGUACCGGAUUGACCUCCACGUUCUCCCGUUCCUGUGUGUCAUGUACCUCUUAGCAUUCUUAGAUAGAGUCAACAUCGCGAACGCCAACGUCUUUGGGUUGUCGAAAGAACUUCACAUUCAAGCGGGAAACAAGUACAACGCGGCCCUUGUGAUCUUCUUCGUCCCAUAUAUUCUAUUCGAAAUCCCGUCUAAUAUCCUCCUAAAGAAAUUCAAACCAAGAAUAUGGCUAUCCAGCUGCAUGUUUGCGUUCGGUCUCAUCACAACAUGCCAAGGCUUGGUUCAGAGCUACUCAGGUCUCCUUACCACACGAUUUUUCCUUGGGCUUGCUGAGACGGGCAUGUUCCCAGGAGCUUUCUAUUUGAUCGGAAUGUGGUAUCGUCGUUACGAGGCCCAGCGCCGAUACACCUUCUUUUUCUCAAGUACUACGCUCGCAGGUGCCUUUGGUGGCCUCCUUGCAAGCGCUAUUGGAAAGAUGGACGGCAUGCGUGGCUAUCGUGGUUGGCGUUGGAUUUUCAUCCUCGAAGGAACUCUAACCUGUGUCGUCUCGAUAUUCUUUUACUUCCUCCUACCGAACUUUCCUGAGCAGGCUAAAUGGCUAAGAGAAGACGAGAGAGCCUUUAUUCGGGCCCGACUGCAGCAAGAUCAAGGGAAGUCGGCACUUGAGCGACCCAUUACGCUACGAGACGUGGGGCGAGUAUUUAAGGACCCAAAAAUUAUUGUCGGCGGGUUCAUGUACUUCGGUCUUAUUGUGCCUGCAUACGGAUAUGCAUACUUCUCACCAGGUAUUAUACAAAGCUAUGGAUACAGUCCUAUCCAGACCCAGCUUCAUAGCGUGCCGCCGUGGGCAGCCGCAUUUGGGUUUGCCAUGACAAUCGCCUGGUUUAGCGACCGCUUUAAACACCGCUUUGUCUUCGCCAUCUUACCGAUCUGUGUUUGCAUAUCUGGAUUCGCGAUCUUGAUAGCCGUCCACAACCACCGAUCUGUGCAGUAUGGUGCACUGUUCCUCGUAGCCAUGGGCGCAUACACCGCUAUGCCAGUCAUAGUGUGCUGGUUCAACAUGAACCUUGGGGGUCACCAUCGGCGCGCCGUUGGGACAGCCUGGCAAGUUGGUUUCGGAAAUAUCGGCGGCAUCAUCGCAGUGUAUGCCUUCCUGGCUAAGGACGCGCCGCGGUAUAUCCCGGGGUACUCGAUCUGCAUUGCGUUUGUGAGCUUGAGUGCUCUCAGCUGCCUCAUCUACUUCAUCAUGUGCAUGUGGCAGAAUAGGAGUAGAGAUCGGAAUGCGACCGACCUGAGCCUGACCGAUUAUGAGAAGACGGAGCUUGGGGACAUGAGUCCGGAUUACCGCUACCUGCUUUAAUGUGGAAGGCGUGGGUAUGAAUCUAAGGGUUUGAAUGAACUCCUGGGGGUUCGAGCUAAGGACGAGCACGACAAGAAGGUUCGAUAGAGAACGAAAGUUUGCCCCAGCUCAAAGCCGAAGAGUGUACGUUUACAGUCUCCGCGAGUGUAUGAGGUCCUCUUGACAGGGGGAUCUUCUACUAGUAGUCUUAGCAACGGU